AUGGAAGAGCUAAAUGGAGAGGAUAGCAUUCGUGAUGCUUUGAACUGGAUUCAUCCAUACUAUGGGCAAACAAUUGAUAAGCCAAGUCCGUACAGUCACAGAGUGAUAUGGGCUCUGAAACUGAAAGGCGUGGAAUAUGAGUACAUUGAAGAAGAUCUCUCCAACAAGAGCCAAUUGCUUUUGCAGUACAACCCAGUUCACAAAAAGAUUCCAGUCCUCGUUCAUCGUGGGAAACCGAUCAUCGAGUCCCUUGUUAUUCUGCAGUAUAUUGAAGAAACAUGGCCUGAGCCUCCCUUGCUGCCUAAAGAUGCUCACGAGAGAGCCUCAUCUCGGUUUUGGAUAAACUUUACGGCAGAAAAGGGUCCUACCCUUUCCAAGUUCUUGAAAAUGUCCCGAGGAGAAGAGAGAGAGAAGGCAACUGAGGAAGUACUUGAAGUCUUGAGGACUUUAGAACAUGAAGCUCUCGCGGACAAGAAGUUCUUCGGAGGAGACAACAUAGGACUGGCAGAUAUUACAUUUGGAUGGUUGGCUUAUUGGUUUGAAUGUAUGGAAGAAGUCGACGAUGUGAAAUUGCUAAGUCCCACCACUUUCCCUCGUUUGCAUUUAUGGGUUGAGAAUUGGAAGGAAGCUGAUGUGGUCAAAGAAAACCAUCCUGACCCUGAGAAAUUGUUGGGCCAUUUUAGAAGGCUCAGGGGGUUCACUUCUCCAAGCUGA